UACAGAUUUGUAUGAUACUAAUAGAUAUGAGGGUUAUGAACAAUCCAUACCUGUUAACGAUGAUGAUGAGAGUUUUGAUCCCAUGGAGUCAGAUAUCGCGAGGAAAAUGGCUUCGAUAACGGCCCCAAAACAAUAUUUCAAGGAGGUGCCAAGGGCAGGGGAGGAGGAUGACGGUUUGGGGUUUAAGAAACCUCAAAGGAUUAUUGACAGGGAGGAUGACUACAGGAAAAGAAGACUGAAUAGGGUGAUUUCACCAGAGCGUAAUGAUCCAUUUAUGAAUGGGGAGAAGACCCCGGACCCAUCCGUGAGGACAUAUGCGGAUGUGAUGAGGGAGGAGGCUUAUAAGAGACAGAAAGAGGAGUUGUUGAGGGAGAUUGGGAAGAAGAAAAAGGAGGAGGAGGAGGAGAAGAAGGAAAAGGGGAGGGAAGUAGUGGAGGAGAAGCCGGCACAGAAGAGGAGGAAUAGGUGGGACCAGUCUCAGGAUGAUACAAGUGCGAAGAAGGUGAAGGCUGGGUCAGAUUGGGAUUUGCCGGAUUCAACCCCCGGGAUUGGGAGGUGGGAUGCGACCCCAACACCAGGAAGGGUGGGGGAUGCGACACCAUCAUUGUCGAGGAAGAAUAGAUGGGAUGAGACUCCUACCCCAGGUCGGUUGGCUGAUUCGGAUGCUACCCCAGCUGCUGGUGGGGUUACUCCGGGUGCUACCCCAGCUGGGAUGACUUGGGAUGCUACUCCGAAAUUGGCUGGACUUGCUACCCCGACACCAAAGCGUCAGAGGUCGAGGUGGGAUGAGACCCCAGCGACGAUGGGGAGUGCCACUCCUAUGGCGGGUGCUACGCCGGCAGCAGCAUAUACGCCAGGUGUGACUCCUGUCGGUGGGGUUGAACUUGCCACACCAACCCCGGGUGCUAUCAAUCUGCGUGGUGCCAUAACUCCAGAGCAGUAUAAUUUGUUGAGGUGGGAGAAGGAUAUUGAAGAGAGGAACCGCCCAUUGACUGAUGAAGAGCUUGAUGCUAUGUUUCCUCAAGAGGGGUAUAAGAUUUUGGACCCCCCAGCUUCUUAUGUUCCGAUUAGAACACCUGCAAGGAAGCUUCUUGCAACACCAACUCCUAUUGGGACUCCUCUGUAUUCCAUUCCUGAAGAAAAUAGGGGCCAGCAGUUUGAUGUUCCAAAGGAAUUGCCUGGUGGUUUGCCAUUCAUGAAGCCAGAGGACUACCAGUACUUUGGUUCAUUGUUGAAUGAAGAAGAUGAAGAAGAGCUGUCUCCCGAUGAGCAGAAAGAGCGGAAGAUUAUGAAACUAUUGCUCAAAGUUAAGAAUGGGACACCACCACAGAGGAAAACAGCCUUGAGGCAGCUAACUGACAAGGCUAGAGAGUUUGGUGCGGGCCCCUUGUUCAAUCGUAUUUUGCCAUUGCUCAUGCAACCCACUUUGGAAGAUCAAGAGAGACAUCUUCUGGUGAAGGUCAUUGACAGAGUGUUAUAUAAGUUGGAUGAGAUGGUCCGACCUUACGUGCACAAAAUUCUGGUGGUGAUUGAGCCUUUGUUGAUUGAUGAGGACUAUUAUGCCCGUGUUGAAGGCAGAGAGAUUAUUUCCAAUCUCAGUAAGGCAGCCGGCUUGGCCACCAUGAUUGCCGCAAUGCGUCCUGAUAUCGAUAACAUUGAUGAGUACGUGCGAAACACAACUGCAAGAGCCUUUAGUGUUGUUGCAUCUGCCCUAGGAAUUCCUGCAUUGUUACCUUUUCUGAAAGCUGUGUGUCAGAGUAAGAAAUCAUGGCAAGCUCGUCACACUGGUAUCAAGAUCGUUCAGCAGAUUGCUAUUUUGAUUGGCUGUGCUGUUCUUCCACACUUGAGGUCUCUUGUGGAAAUCAUAGAACAUGGGCUCAAUGAUGAGAAUCAGAAGGUCAGAACUAUCACAGCUCUAUCUUUGGCUGCCCUUGCUGAAGCUGCUGCCCCAUAUGGUAUAGAAAGCUUUGAUUCGGUUUUGAAGCCUUUGUGGAAGGGUAUCAGGUCACACCGUGGGAAAGUCUUGGCUGCCUUCUUGAAGGCCAUUGGUUUCAUCAUUCCUCUGAUGGAUGCCAUCUAUGCCAGUUACUAUACCAAGGAGGUGAUGAUUAUUUUGAUUCGUGAGUUUCAGUCGCCUGAUGAAGAAAUGAAAAAAAUUGUGAUCAAAGUGGUGAAGCAGUGCGUGGGUACAGAGGGUGUGGAGGCCGAUUACAUCAGAAAUGACAUACUUCCUGAGUUCUUCCGAAACUUUUGGGUCAGAAGGAUGGCUUUGGAUCGGAGAAAUUAUAAGCAGCUUGUUGAGACAACUGUGGAGAUAGCAAACAAAGUUGGUGUUGCUGACAUUGUUGGGAGGAUAGUUGAGGACCUUAAGGAUGAAAGUGAACCAUAUAGGCGAAUGGUUAUGGAGACAAUUGAGAAGGUGGUUGCAAAUCUGGGUGCAUCUGAUAUUGAUGCUCGCUUAGAAGAGCUUUUGAUCGAUGGAAUUCUUUAUGCCUUCCAAGAGCAGACCAGCGAUGAUGCUAAUGUGAUGCUUAAUGGAUUUGGUGCAGUUGUUAAUGCUCUUGGGCAGAGAGUGAAGCCAUACCUUCCUCAGAUAUGUGGUACCAUCAAGUGGCGCCUGAAUAAUAAGAGUGCAAAGGUGAGACAACAAGCAGCAGAUCUCAUAUCCAGGAUUGCUGUGGUCAUGAAGCAAUGCCAAGAAGAACAACUGAUGGGCCAUCUUGGUGUUGUCUUGUAUGAGUACUUGGGAGAGGAGUAUCCAGAGGUUUUGGGAUCAAUACUGGGAGCUCUCAAGGCGAUUGUCAAUGUUAUUGGUAUGACUAAGAUGACUCCCCCAAUUAAGGACCUGCUUCCUCGGUUGACUCCAAUCCUGAAGAACCGUCAUGAGAAGGUCCAGGAAAAUUGUAUUGAUCUUGUAGGUCGUAUUGCUGACCGUGGUGCUGAGUUUGUUCCUGCAAGGGAGUGGAUGAGGAUCUGUUUUGAGCUACUUGAGAUGCUUAAAGCUCACAAGAAGGGUAUUCGGCGAGCAACGGUCAACACUUUUGGGUACAUUGCUAAAGCCAUUGGGCCACAAGAUGUCCUGGCCACAUUGUUGAACAAUCUCAAGGUGCAGGAGCGCCAGAACCGUGUUUGCACUACUGUGGCAAUCGCAAUUGUUGCAGAAACAUGUUCUCCUUUUACGGUUUUGCCUGCCCUGAUGAAUGAAUAUCGUGUGCCAGAGCUUAAUGUCCAGAACGGUGUUCUGAAAUCACUCUCCUUCCUCUUUGAGUACAUAGGUGAAAUGGGCAAAGAUUACAUAUAUGCAGUGACUCCGUUACUUGAGGAUGCUCUAAUGGACAGGGACUUGGUUCAUCGACAGACUGCUGCUUCUGCUGUCAAGCAUAUGGCUUUGGGGGUGGCUGGUUUGGGUUGUGAGGAUGCUUUGAUUCAUUUGCUGAAUUAUGUUUGGCCGAACAUUUUUGAGACAUCCCCACAUGUUAUAAAUGCUGUUAUGGAAGCCAUUGAAGGUAUGAGAGUGGCAUUGGGCGCAGCUGUUGUGCUUAAUUACUGUCUUCAGGGACUGUUCCAUCCGGCAAGGAAGGUUAGGGAAGUGUAUUGGAAAAUCUACAAUUCGCUGUACAUUGGUUCUCAGGAUGCACUUGUGGCUGCUUACCCUAUAUUGGAGGACGACGAGAAUAACAUAUUCAGUAGGCCUGAGUUAAUGAUGUUUGUCUGAAGUGCACUUCUCUUGGACACGCUCUCGACCACCAUUAGGAGAUAUUGGUCGUUGAUGCCUUUCUUUUGGCUGCUGUUGUGUCCUUAAAAUAUGUACUUUUGGUGAAGUAUAAUGAAUUCCCCCACAUGGUUCUCUGGAUAUUGGCCGUUGAUGUAAAGACUAUUCCAUGAUAUUAUCACCUUAUAUUUUGCAUUAUGGUUCAAAUUACGUUGUGGUGUGAUUGCUUUUCAAAAUCUCCUAUUUGCAGGACAUAUUUUCCACGCUAUGUUUGAAGUAUCAAGAAUAAGAUUGUAAUGGUACAUGGCUUUUAUGUGUUGGAACUUCGAAUAUUGUAUGGU